AGUUGUGGGAGGAGCUUCGUCACAAUGAUCUUCCACGCACAGCCGCUCUAACAGCUCAUUGCAAGCAUGGCCGGGGACAGCGAGACUCUUCUUAAAGACCAUGGCGAGAAUACCAACGGUGUCCGGCAGCCUUUCCUCAUCGGUGUCUCCGGUGGCACUGCCAGUGGCAAGUGGAGCUGCUGGGACAGAACAAAAUCGACCACCACCAGAGGCAGGUGGUGAUCCUCAGCCAGGACAGCUUCUACAGGGUUCUCACUCCAGAGCAGAAAGCCAAGGCGUUGAAGGGCCAGUACAACUUUGAUCAUCCAGAUGCUUUCGACAGCGAGUUGAUCAUGCACACGCUGAGACAGAUUCUGCAGGGGGAGACGGUACAGAUCCCCGUUUAUGACUUUGUCACCAAUUCCAGGAAAGAGGAGUUUAUUACGGUGUAUCCGGCCGAUGUGGUCCUUUUUGAGGGGAUCCUCAUGUUCUACUCUCAGGACAUCAGAGAUCUGUUUCAGAUGAAGCUCUUUGUUGACACAGAUCCAGACACGCGGCUCUCACGUCGAGUCUUGAGAGACACUACUGAGCGCAAGAGAGAGCUGGAGCAGGUUCUCACUCAGUACAUCACGUUUGUGAAACCAGCCUUUGAGGAGUUUUGUUUACCUACGAAGAAGUAUGCAGACGUAAUUAUUCCACGGGGAGCAGAUAAUCUUGUGGCCAUCAACUUGAUUGUACAGCACAUCCAGGACAUUCUGAACGGCGGGCUGAACAAACGCUACAACGGCUGCAUGAGUGGUCUUGGGACGCCCCGGCAGCGGCGGACUUCAGAAUCCAGCAGCCGUCCCCACUGACCCUGUGGCACCUCUCUUCAGAGAGGAGAGGGGUGUAGUGGUGGGGUUAACAAAAAGCCUCUUGGCUUCACUGUAUUUAAGACGGGAGGAGAAAGACAACAAGAAUUUGAGAUGCCUUGUAUUAUUGCGACUGCUCCGCUCUUGUCAGUUACUUGGAUUUUAAGUGUUCAACAUAGAUUUGAGUUCCUGUCAGGAAGAUAAAUGGAAACUUUUUUUUUUGUGUCCCUUGCUGCUCGCAGGAACUUCCUGUCAUAGCAAUCUUUUUAUUUCUAUUUCCUAUGUCUGAUAAAACUUGAACCCCCUAAUGAAUGGGGCAUUUCAGAUGUUUGGAAGGGUUCCAAACAAAAAAAAAGAAUAAAAAACUCUGAAAAGAUUGCACUCUGACAAUCUUAGUGUUUUCGUACUUCAGUUUUUAGGUUGGGUGGUUGUUGCUUUAGUUCUGUUCACUAUUAUCCAAACUUCUUGUUUGUGGUGAAAAGUCUGAUUUAAAGUAAUGACUGAAGAAUUAAACUGGCUGCUGAUUUAAAAACAAUUCCAACCAAAAAUAUAUAUAUUCCUUCAUCUACCCCCUUUUUCUGAUUGAUUUAAGGUAUUUUAAGUUGAGCCAAACUAUUCAAACUUGUAAAUAACUUCAUUAAUGUCCCUGUAUUUAGAGGCUUUUGGGACAGCCCGGUGUUUCAGGUGGUGCGCACACUCAGGUUAACCAUGACGGUUCAUCUACAAUGCCAUAGCAAUACAUCAGUCAUUGGUCCUGCAAAAAAUUUGGACCACAAUGCCUCAGUGAAGUUGCCUCAGGUUCACUACUUGUACAGCAAAGCAUCCACACCUGCAAGCAGAAAACCAUUUUCAACUUUUUUGUUUUUGAAUGACAGCUCUGUAUUUGUGAUGUAUGAAGGGACUGAAUGAUGUCCUCUGUAUGGUUGUGGAGCUUAAGACUGGUUCUGUGAUUUGUAAUGAAUGAAAUUAUGAGUCACUGUAUGGUCAAUAAAUUGACAAAAUGUUGCA